CCAGCCCCUGCUCUACACUUUCUCUAUAGAUCCGUGCAUCUCAAUCCUAUAUCAUCGUCAUCCAACUCUCCACUCUACCUCACCAAAAACCUUAUAAAAACGGUCUCUCACUCUGGCUGCCAGUCUCACAGAGUCACAAUUUCUCUUUGGACUUCAAUUAUCCAAAAUCUACUGUUCAAUUGACAGAGGAGUACCAGCUUCCAAUAGCAUCCAUUAAUGGCGGCCUUGAGGAGCUUUCUGAAGAAAAGAUCCACUUUGCUCUGCAAUGAAGCCGUGAGAAAGAGACUCUUCUCAACCCAAGUGAGCCAACCCAUCAAUGAUUCUCCAUCUUUUGCUCAGAGGGUCAGAAACCUUCCUAAGGAUCUUCCUGGAACCCACGUCAAAACAGAAGUCUCCCAACUCAUCGGUAGAACUCCCAUUGUAUAUCUUAACAAAGUCACUGAAGGAUGUGGAGCUUAUAUAGCUGUCAAGCAAGAGAUGUUUCAACCCACCUCUAGCAUCAAAGACAGACCAGCACUUUCAAUGAUCAAUGAUGCAGAAAAGAGAGGCUUGAUAACUCCUGGCAAGACAGUACUGGUGGAGCCAACAUCAGGAAAUAUGGGAAUCAGCAUGGCUUUUAUGGCAGCCAUGAGAGGGUAUAAAAUGGUUCUCACUAUGCCGUCUUAUACAAGCUUGGAGAGAAGGGUGUGUAUGAGAGCCUUUGGAGCUGAAUUAAUUCUCACUGAUCCAGCCAGGGGGAUGGGAGGAACUGUUAAGAAGGCUUAUGAUCUUCUGGAAUCCACACCAAAUGCUCAUAUGCUCCAACAGUUCUCAAAUCCUGCCAAUACUCAGGUGCAUUUCGAAACUACAGGCCCUGAGAUAUGGGAGGAUACCGAUGGGCAAGUUGACAUCUUCGUGAUGGGAAUUGGUAGCGGAGGCACAGUCUCUGGGGUUGGGCAGUAUCUCAAAUCCAAAAAUCCCAAUGUUCAGAUAUAUGGAGUGGAGCCUGCUGAAAGUAAUGUGCUAAACGGUGGCAAACCAGGUCCUCAUUUGAUCACCGGCAACGGGGUUGGAUUCAAACCAGAUAUUUUGGACUUGGAUGUGAUGGAUAGAGUUAUUGAGGUUAAAAGUGAUGAUGCAGUAAAAAUGGCAAGACGAUUGGCAUUGGAAGAGGGACUUAUGGUAGGAAUAUCAUCCGGAGCCAACACGGUGGCAGCAAUUGAGCUUGCUCAAAAGCCAGAAAACAAAGGCAAACUUAUUGUGACUGUUCACCCAAGUUUCGGGGAGCGAUACUUGUCAUCUGUCCUGUUUGAAGAGCUGAGGAAGGAAGCCGAAAACAUGCAACCGGUCUCAGUCGACUAAGGCCUUAGAAGCACUCAAAGGCUCUCCAUGUGUGAAUUGUGAAACCAGUUGUAUCAAUGUACUCAGUUGAUGUCGAUUGCAGCAGACAUAAGCUCAUAUUCGUCAGAGAUUAUAAUUUGUGCUUAGAACAUUGUCUGCAAUAAGGCAUUUGUGUUGUAGAAGGCUUGUGAUUGAGGCAUUUUACCCUUUU